AUGGUUGUGUCUGAAAUUAUAUGCCGGAAUCCCAUGUUUGUUGGAACUACCACAAUUCACUACCAGGCGUUAAGAAUAACAGAUAACGACGAUGUCGAGUUUAUGUUUAACGUACAUAAAAGUCACAGUUCUUUGUCCUAUAUAGAGCUUUAUGUUAUGUUUGAGAUGACGAAUCCAACAUCUAAUGUUGAGUUAAAUUACCCAUCAAGAACAUUGUUGUUAGCUGUUGUGCAAGAUGGGAACAACAAGAUAUUUCCCAUUGCUUUUGCAAUCGUGGAAGGCGAGACCAAGGAGGCUUGGAAUUUCUUUUUGAAGAAUCUAAGGCAGCAUGUCACCCCACAGGAGAACAUAUGCCUCAUUUCUGAUAGACAUGUGUCGAUAAAGAGCGCGUAUGAUGAUCCACAGAAUGGAUGGCACGGUGCUCCGACAAGCCAUGUGUAUUGUGUCCGACACAUUGCACAAAACUUUAUGAGAUCAUUCAAGGAUGGAGAACUUAAGAAGAAAGUUGAAGGCAUGGGUUACGCCAUGAACAUCCCUACAUUCGAAUAUUACCGUUCUGAAAUUGCUGUUGCAGACCGAAAGGCUUUAGCAUGGGUCGACAAUAUUCCCAAACAAAAGUGGACUCAAUCACAUGACGAUGGUCGACGAUGGGGCCAUAUGACAAGUAACUUGGUAGAGUCACAAAACAACGUGUAUAAGGGUAUUCGAGGACUCCCUAUCACAGCUAUUGUAAAAGCAUCAUAUUACAGGUUGGCGGCCUUGUUUGCUAAAAGAGGGCAUGAGGCAGCGGCAAGGGUAAAUUCUGGUGAGCCAUUCUCAGAAAACAGCAUGAAAUAUCUGAGGAAUGAGGUGAUUAAAUCCAACAGUCAUCAUGUCACUCAGUUUGAUCGGGAUCGGUAUACCUUUUCCGUCCGUGAAACCAUCGACCAUAGAGAAGGAUUACCAAAGGGAGAAUACAAGGUAGACCUGCAAAAUAAAUGGUGUGAUUGUGGACGAUUCAGAGCGUUACACCUACCAUGCUCACAUGUCAUUGCCGCAUGUUCUAGCUUUUGUCAUGACUACAAGACUUUUGUCGAUAACAAAUUCACGAAUGAGUGUGUAUACGCCGUAUACAACAUCCACUUCGACGUGGUUCACCACCAGACAUAUUGGCCUAAUUAUGAAGGACUGAAGGUGGUUCCCGACAAGUCUAUGCGUAGGGCAAAGAAAGGUCGUCCACCAAUUACUCGCAUUAGGACCGAAAUGGACGAUGUGGAAACUGAGAGAAGAUGCGGCGUUUGUAGGAUGCCUGAUCAUUCGCGCAAAGAUUGCAUUAAUAUUAGACAUCAGUAA